AUGCCACCAAGUGCUUUACAAAUCAAAGUCAACGCAUUGAAGCGUCUUAUCAAGGAAGAAACCUUGUACCAACAAGAAGUUGCCGAACAACAACAAUACGUGGAUCAAAUGAAAUCAAAUAACGCUGAUGAAUACGAAUUGAAAAAACAGAUUCAAGUAUUAGAAGAAUCACAAAGAAUGGUUCCAGAAGUCAGCCGCAAGAUCAAGGAUCAUAAAGAAGCAUUGAGCCAAUUUUUAGAAACUUACAAGGGAGAAGAAGAUUUAAGUGCUGCUAAAGAAUUAGUUCAAUAA